CGCGGCAGCCGUGGGCCUGGAAGGGAAAGGGCGCGGAGGCGGGACCGCGGCGCCCUCCCACUCCGGGGGGAGCCCAGGGGGCGGAGGUACUGAAGCGCGAGCCUGAGAGAGAGACAGAGCACAAGCGAGGCGGUUGCGAGCACGAGUGGGGUGGGGCGUGCCCACGGGCCCCCGCCCCCCUCGUUCCCCCUCGCAGCUCGGGAGCUGCAGCCGGAGCGGUUGGGCCGGGGGCACGCUCCGCACCCCUCCCCCGUGCGUUCCUCAGCUACCCAGGCCUUCCUGGACACCGUGAAGCAGGGACCAGGGGGAGAGGGACGCCCCCUUCAGCAGGAGCCGUCGGGGGGGCGGACCCAAGACAAGGCAAGCAGCCCACUGGAGCCAGGCGCAGGGUCUGGGACGCAGUUGGGAGCGCAGAGGGCUGGCUGGGCGCUGCAGAGAGUAGCAGGCUGGGGCUGGGCCUCCUGGGUGACAGGCCCUGCGCCGCCAGGGAAGGACUGGAGGCCAGCAGGCAAGAGAUUGGAUCUAGAGAGGGAGCAGCUGCCUCACUCCCUUCUCUGAGCGGAGGAAAGCAAGGAAUUUAGAGCAACGUUUCCUCCAUCAUAAGAGACACUUGCUUUCCAGAGCAGCACCCUUUAUCUGAGACAGCUCUGCAGGGAGGGGGCCUUGGGGCCUGGAACACCACCCCACACACUCAUUUACCUGAGGCCUCGGGGGAGUUAGAAAGGAGGCCAGACAGCUCUUGCUGCCCCCCUGGGGAGAGAGGAAGUUCCCUGCCUGCUCCCAGGCCCAGGAGGAGCUGGGCCAGCAAGAGUGGGGUCCUGGCCCCUGAGGCAGCAGCGGCCAUGUCACGGCCAGGCCAGGGUGUCAUGAUGUCGGUAAACGGGCUGGGCUUCCCACCUCAGAAUGUGGCCCGGGUGGUGGUGUGGGAGUGGCUGAAUGAGCACAGCCGCUGGCGACCUUACACGGCCACCGUGUGCCACCACAUCGAGAACGUGCUCAAGGAGGAUGCCCGUGGUUCCGUGGUCCUGGGGCAGGUGGACGCCCAGCUGGUGCCCUAUAUCAUCGACCUGCAGUCUAUGCACCAGUUUCGUCAGGACACAGGCACCAUGCGGCCCGUGCGGCGCAACUUCUACGACCCGUCGUCCGCGCCCGGCAAGGGCAUCGUGUGGGAGUGGGAGAACGACGGCGGCGCCUGGACGGCCUACGACAUGGACAUCUGCAUCACCAUCCAGAACGCCUACGAGAAGCAGCACCCGUGGCUCGACCUCUCGUCGCUCGGCUUCUGCUACCUCAUCUACUUCAACAGCAUGUCGCAGAUGAACCGCCAGACGCGCCGGCGUCGCCGCCUGCGCCGCCGCCUGGACCUUGCCUACCCGCUCACCGUCGGCUCUAUCCCCAAGUCGCAGUCGUGGCCCGUGGGCGCCAGCUCGGGCCAGCCCUGUUCGUGCCAGCAGUGCCUGCUGGUCAACAGCACGCGCGCCGCCUCCAACGCCAUCCUGGCCUCGCAACGCCGCAAGGCGCCCCCAGCCGCCCCGCCGCCCCCUGGAGGGCCACCCGGCUCAGUCGCCGUGCGCCCCAGCGCCACCUUCGCCGGCGCUGCGCUCUGGGCCACACCCGCCACCAGCCCCACCGAGCCCCCGCAGUCCUCCGGGGCGCCCCCGCGGAGCCCGAGUACCCUCAGCGGCGCGCCCACCCCGGGCCAGAACAACCUCAACCGGCCCGGGCCCCAGCGCGCCACCAGCGUGAGCACACGCACCUCCAUCCCGCCCGGGGUCCCCGCGCUCCCGGUGAAGAACUUGAAUGGUACCGGGCCGGUUCACCCUGCCCUGGCAGGGAUGACCGGGAUUUUGCUGUGUGCCGCGGGGCUGCCGGUGUGCUUGACGCGGGCCCCCAAACCCAUCCUGCAUCCACCGCCCGUGAGCAAGAGUGACGUCAAGCCCGUGCCCGGCGUGUCUGGGGUGUACCGCAAGACCAAGAAAAAGCACCUCAAGAAGAGUAAGAACCCCGAAGAUGUGGUUCGAAGGUACAUGCAGAAGGUGAAGAACCCACCUGAUGAGGACUGCACAAUUUGCAUGGAACGGCUGGUCACGGCAUCCGGGUAUGAGGGCGUCCUUCGUCACAAGGCUGUGCGGCCUGAGCUCGUCGGCCGCCUGGGCCGAUGUGGCCAUAUGUACCACCUGCUGUGCCUCGUGGCCAUGUACUCCAAUGGCAACAAGGAUGGCAGCCUGCAGUGCCCCACCUGCAAGGCCAUCUAUGGCGAGAAGACGGGGACUCAGCCGCCUGGGAAGAUGGAGUUCCACCUCAUCCCCCACUCGCUGCCUGGCUUCGCGGACACUCAGACCAUCCGCAUCGUCUAUGACAUCCCCACAGGCAUCCAGGGUCCUGAGCACCCCAACCCAGGCAAGAAGUUCACUGCAAGAGGCUUCCCGCGCCACUGCUAUCUGCCCAACAAUGAGAAGGGCCGGAAGGUGUUGAGGCUGCUCAUCACUGCCUGGGACCGGAGGCUCAUCUUCACCAUCGGCACGUCCAACACCACCGGCGAGUCGGACACCGUGGUGUGGAAUGAGAUCCACCACAAGACCGAGUUCGGAUCCAACCUCACGGGCCACGGCUACCCGGACGCUAGCUACCUAGACAACGUGCUGGCCGAGCUCACAGCCCAGGGUGUGUCGGAGGCCGCGGCCAAGGCCUGAGGCCAAGGCUGCCCACCUUUCCUCCUGCUUUGCGCCUGGUCUUGGCACACGCCUCCCUCCACCAGGUGUGUCCUGGUGGCCCAGGUUCAGGGCUGGGGAGGAGACUGCAGAAGGAGCCAGAAGCAUUCCGGGGAUUUGGCUGGUGGCCGUUGGGAUCGUUAGGAAUGAUGGGAAGACAGCAGGCCAGCCGAUUCCAACUCAUAGCUCCCUGAGAGGGUCACAGAGAGAGUACCAGAAACCACAGCGACCUCCCUACCAAAAAGAUGGCCCUGUCCUCUACACAAACACACGUGUCCUGUUGAACACAUGCACGUACACCCACGUGCCUCUACUUACUCCCAACCUGGUGGGGAAGAGACAGAAGACCCCUGUGACAUUCCACGUGGAUCCCCUCUGUGUCUCUAUCGCAUCUGUAUAGGUUUGUCUGCCAGCAGGAAGACUCAGGUCAAGCAUUAGGGACCUGCCGGGGCGCCUGGGGGGAAAGGGGCGCUGCUUGGCCAGCUCAGCCUACGCCCAUCUCUGUCACCCGUCUCUGCUACACUGAUGGGCAACUGGGAGCCUACGCGGUGGAAGCACCAGAUUAUUGAGCACUUUUGCAAAGGAGCAGGCCAGAGAGAGCGGGACUAGAGGUAUCUUAUUUUGUGCUCGUGUCUCUUCAUCCUUCUCCCCUUCCAUCCCUAGGCCUUAUGUCUGUCCCAGAUAAAGGCACUGUUCUCCUUCCCUCCCCACCCCACCCUCUCCGCCAAAUCACUCCCAACGUCGAGAUCCAAAGGCUGGAGCUUCUGGCUUGAGGAGCGAGACAAGAAAGCCUAGCUUAGGCCAGCAGGUUUAAAAAGCAGGCCGGAAAGCAAAAGGUCCAUUUCCCUUACUCGUGGGAGUGGGCAGCGGGGUGGCUGAUGGUCUUGGCCAACCAGGGGCCUGUUGCCCAGGCAACUCACCAGCUCCGCCUCUGUUGAUUGGCUGCCAUGGUGGAAGUCAGCCAAGAUUUAAAGGGACUCCAGUGAUUGCUCUUUUGAAAACCUACCAGUCCCACUGUGGGUGGAGAAAUAAACGGUCUUUCUCCUCCU